UCCGGUACAAUCACUGACAUGUGACAAGCAAAAAUGUCAACAUCUUGGACGGCAGUAAUGAAAAGGUCAUCAGUAUGAUUGAAUUUAAGAAAUGUUUUGAUUUGACAGGUUCAAUUACUGCUUUUAUAUACCGAAGACGACAAGAUCACGGAGUAUCAGAUGCUGCGUCCAUAUCUCACCGAGUUCUGACACAAGAAAAGGAUGGAUCCAUCAUAUAUUCCUGGAAUGACUUCAGUCCUCCAAACAAGAAGUCCGGAUCCCUCGUGACCCAUGUAGGGCUGUUUAACCCAGUUACUCAACAACACAAGGUUAUACAAGUCAACAACCAGAGGCUGAAGAUUGUGUCCUGCUCCAUCAACAAGUCAAAGACGCUGCUAGCUUUUACAACCUUCUCCAGGGGGGAUGCAUCUAAAGAUGGAAAGACAGGAAGAGAGAUGUACCGAGCAUACCUUGCAGAGUUACAGGCCUUGGAGACUCGUGUCUUCUCCCUCAACCUUGAGCGACGCAACUUCCUCAAAGUCCAGUUUCUGUAUGCUAGUCUUUCCGACCAAUCAGCUCCCAGGGAGUCCCAUCUUCUAGUCUUCCUUCAUAAAGAGUCAAUAGGUUUAUACAAGAUCCCUAUGGCUAGAGCUGGGGAUAAGAGAACUAUCAUGUCUGACCAACCACACACCAUGCAGUUAGUGCGGAAGUUUGUGUGGUGUCAGUGGGACGCCGUCAACCAGCGACUCCACUACAUCUACAACUACCGCCCACAAGGAGACAACAGCAACGUCGUGGCACAGAAACUUUCAACUCUUCAGUUCCAUCAGAACGCUGACUAUGACAGCAUGCUUGACAUUCCAUUGAAGUUCCCAUUUCCCUACAUCAGGUCAACUUUAAGAUCCCACUAUGCAGAUCGACCACUGAAUCCUGGAAUUCCUGAUGUAAGUUUAAAUGCCUGUGUGCUGAGUCAGGCUAACGGGACUUACUGCCUGUGCUAUCAACAUAUGGCCUUCACCUCCAGCAAGGGCAAGGCCUCACCAACAGCAGCGGCAGACAGCGACAAUGUCAUCAACUACUACAUCUGCAUGGUGCAUCACACAAAAGUUCUCCAUGGGUGUGUUCCAGGACUGCCGAGGAGUUUGAUUGGAUCACGUAGACUUUCCUUUCACUGGAUUGGUGACUACCUGAUGGUGCUUCUCCCAGGAUACUUUGUCCAUCUGCUCAAUGUCGGGAUCGAGUUUGAACCGUGCCACCACAUCCUCCUUCACAAUCAUGCCAGGGACCGGUUGAUGACCUCAAGCACAGCCAGCAUGAUGACCUCUGACCCAGAGAAUGAUCCUGCCCACGGGAGUGUGUCCGCCUCUGACAUGGAAGGGACUGACACGCGGCCAGACACCCGCACCUACACUGUCCGGUUCCAGCUGGUGGACACCAUGAUCCCGACAGACGAGCAGUGUGUGAGCCAGGCCUCCCUGCAAUCACGGACACUUGACAUGCCAGACACCAUGUCUGUGACCAGUCAUCAGUGUAGGAACAUCCACUCGCUGUCACCAUGCAGGACGUUCACCAGAGAAAUAGGGGGCAGUGUGUACGACUACCGUAAUGGCCAGGUGUGGAAGGUUGGCGUGUCACUGGAGGGGCUGGCGGAGAGCUUCAAGGCAGCUUACACCCCGACCCGACAAGCUCUGUUACACUACCUCAUCAUACGGACAAAAGACAUCUACACAAUCAAAAAGAUCUUCAGCGACAUCUGCCAGGACCUGACAAAGACAGAGCUGACACAGUCCAUUGCUGAAUACCUUGUUGCGUCCACCUACAGCAGCAUGAAGCGGCAGCUGGAAAAGGAAGUAUUGCGGUUCCUGCCAUUCACUGCCACAGACACAUUACGUGGCCAGUUUGAACGGAGCCCUUCAGGAGACAGACUUGCCCGUCUGUCCUACACGUCGUUCGACAGUAUCAACAUCAGUACCAAGACAGCCCGAGAGAGGGAGAGUCAGCAGCCAGUCAGUGAAGACAUGUGGGACAUCCUACGACGCAGACUCAGGAUGAGACAACUGGAUCAUGCCCCACGAUUUAACCUGGACAUCAUUGGCAAGCAGUUCGCAAAAAUCACAUCAGAUGAGGAGAGAGAGAGGGUCAAGUGGGAGAGAGUUAUUAAACCAUCCAGAGAGGCGUUCCUCGGAAGCAUUCACAGAACCAACAGGGAUACCCCAGUGCAAGCGUCUAAUGGUGGCAGUGGGCGACGUAGUCGGACAGAGAUGGUGCUCGGACCUCAGCCUCAGUUCCUGCAGGGCGCCUAUGGUGAAGAUGUGUCCAGGACAAGGAAGCUAAAUGCACUGACAGAAGACUUGCUUACGUCCUACCUGGCUCGCCAUCUCAAGAAGGACAACAAGGUGAAGGCUCACAACGUGGCCAAGGAAUAUGUGGCAUGUCAGGUACAGAAGACCAAGCAGCUGUGUCACCUGUUAUGGAGUCUGAGACGGACAGAAUCAUCUGGGUAUGACGACGACAUCCUUCCCAACCUGUGUGAAGCAGCGGAUGACGAGGAGUAUGAACUGUUCCAGCUGUACGAGAGACUCUAUCUGAUGCUGUGUGAACUCUGCUUCCCCUCCCCCCCAGGUUUCCAGACCUAUUUCACAGCUCUCGGCUUCCGCUGUCUGCACUUGAGGUUGUUUCUACAGUAUGUGGACCGAGGAGUCUUGUCCCUCACUGGCCAGUUUGUCACACAGCUUCUUGCAGAUGUGCCUGAUUGUGACGAGGAUAAAGAAAAUUCAGAGAUCAAAUACCAGAUCAUUUCCAGAUUGCCAAAGACACUAGCUGAAGAGUGUUUCCGCCUCUGGAACCAUCCCCUGUGUGACCGUUACUUCGCCCAUCAGCAGGUGACGGAGAUACUACUAGAAGGAGCCAAAUUAGCAAAAGGGAAAGAAGACACAAGAGAAGGUCUGUCACUUAAGGAUAGAUCCAGGGACAAUGACAGCAUGGCCAGUGGAUCCAGCAGCCACAUGUCCUUCCCUCCACUGGAAAUAUUCAUCCGUCAUCUCAAGGACACAACAAAAGCUAGUGUAAAGCAUCAGGGACGCACUGUGGCAGACUCAGUGGGCAUCAUGGACGUGGACACUGUGCUGUUGGAGGAGGUGGGACUGCAACAUACAAAGACGUCCACACAAUACAACAUGUCAACUGUAAAUUUCUAAACCUGAAUAUCCUGUGUGACACAUGGUCCUGUGCUCAACACAGGUCUCAAAUCAGAUGAAAUUCAACAACGUCGGUCACGGAGCGUCCUUGGAUGGGUGACCGUGUUCGGCCGUGUUUCUUGGGAUUCGGUUCUGCCCCCACACUGAAGUACAUGUAGCACAUGUGGUGUAACCUUUGGCAAGUGACUUUGUUUGACAUGUGCCUCUGUUCACCCAGCAGAAAAUUGGUACCCAGUGGGAUGAGAGCGUAAUGUGACUGUUAACAAGGCAGCUUGGCUAGUAUACUCCCCAGGGAGCUGAUAAUGACAACCGAGCACGCUCUGAUCCAUUGACCGGGCUAUUGAUUUUAGGGCGAUGAGCAUGCACCGAGUGUAUGAUGGCUAGUGCAAUAUAAGUAGAAGAUUGCUAUUACUUUAUGUAGCCUGCUUCUUUCAAAGUUGGAAACUGUUAGGACAAGCUAUAAUAACAGGGCAUUUUAGGCCCAUCGGAUAUGCGUAAUACUAGAAUGCAGCAAAAGCCGAAGAAAUCAUAUUGAAAGUUUUCAGAUGUGUUUAAUUCAAAGCCAAUUAGACUUUGUUCAUUUCAUUUUGGCCUUGUUUGUUCAUUGUUGCCGUACUAAUGUAUUUGAUCAUGUCAGACAUGUGGCAAGAGUAAUAAUGAUGAAAGGCUGGAUGUCACCGUACAAACAUGUCUGAUGAUGUUGCAUGACAACAUUCAAGGUAUUUCAAAAAUGUUAUUUCCAGUGACCUAAAAAAGUGCCUUUUCCCCAACCUCCCUCAGUCCCUUUCUUUCAGUUACAUGCCCAUAGUCCCUUAAUUCAGUUAUAUGCCCAGAGUCCCAUAUUUAAGCUAUAUGCCCAUAUUCCCAUAUUUCAGUUAUAUGCCCAUAGUCCCUUAAUUCAGUUAUAUGCCCAUAGUCCCUUCUUUCAGUUAUAUGCCCAUCGUCCCUUCUUUCAGUUAUAUGCCCAUCGUCCCUUCUUUCAGUUAUAUGCCCAUCGUCCCUUCUUUCAGUUAUAUGCCCAUCGUCCUUUCUUUCAGUUAUAUGCCCAUCGUCCCUUCUUUCAGUUAUAUGCCCAUCGUCCCUUCUUUCAGUUAUAUGCCCAUCAUCCCUUCUUUCAGUUAUAUGCCCAUCGUCCCUUCUUUCAGUUAUAUGCCCAUCGUCCCUUCUUUCAGUUAUAUGCCCAUCGUCCCUUCUUUCAGUUAUAUGCCCAUAGUUCUUUCUUUCAGUUAUAUGCCCAUCGUCCUUUCUUUCAGUUAUAUGCCCAUCGUCCCUUCUUUCAGUUAUAUGCCCAUCGUCCCUUCUUUCAGUUAUAUGCCCAUAGUUCUUUCUUUCAGUUAUAUGCCCAUCGUCCUUUCUUUCAGUUAUAUGCCCAUCGUCCUUUCUUUCAGUUAUAUGCCCAUCGUCCCUUCUUUCAGUUAUAUGCCCAUCGUCCCUUCUUUCAGUUAUAUGCCCAAGUCCUUUCGUUUAGUUAUAUGCCCAUCAUCCCUUCUUUCAGUUAUAUGCCCAAAGUCCUUUCUUUCAGUUAUAUGCCCAUCGUCCCUUCUUUCAGUUAUAUGCCCAAGUCCUUUCGUUUAGUUAUAUGCCCAUCGUCCCUUCUUUCAGUUAUAUGCCCAUCGUCCCUUCUUUCAGUUAUAUGCCCAUCGUCCCUUCUUUCAGUUAUAUGCCCAAGUCCUUUCGUUUAGUUAUAUGCCCAUCAUCCCUUCUUUCAGUUAUAUGCCCAUCGUCCCUUCUUUCAGUUAUAUGCCCAUCGUCCCUUCUUUCAGUUAUAUGCCCAUCGUUCUUCCUUUCACUUAUAUGCCCAUCGUCCCUUCUUUCAGUUAUAUGCCCAUCGUCCCUUCUUUCAGUUAUAUGCCCAUCGUCCCUUCUUUCAGUUAUAUGCCCAUCGUCCCUUCUUUCAGUUAUAUGCCCAUCGUCCCUUCUUUCACUUAUAUGCCCAUCGUCCCUUCUUUCAGUUAUAUGCCCAUCGUCCCUUCUUUCACUUAUAUGCCCAUCGUCCCUUCGUUUAGUUAUAUGUCCAUUCUUUCAGGCGAAUUCCCAUUUCCUUUCUUUCAGUCGUGUGCCCAUAUAGUAUGACAUUGUCUCAAACUGGAAGUAUGUGUGACAAGAUAUUUAUUGUAAACUUCAUGAUAUGAAUGAGUAUGUAUAUGACAAGGGCACAAGCAAUAAAAUUAGGUUCUCAUA